ACUACCAGCCAGGCGGCGCCCUUCCUAUCGCCCCAUCCGCCAUCCCCAUCACAUCGGGCGACAAGGUCUACACGCACACGGGCGCGCACGACUACCCCACCCCGCGCGCCAUGUUUGAAGCAGAAAUCCGCGCGGCGGUGCAGCAGUUCCGAGUGGCGGCCCGGAAUGCCAUGGAAGCAGGGUUCGAUGGCUGCGGUGCACACGACUACCCCACCCCGCGCGCCAUGUCUGAAGCAGACAUCCGCGCGGCUGUCCAGCAGUUCCGCGUGGCGGCGCGCAACGCCAUGGAAGCAGGGUUCGAUGGCGUGGAGUUGCAUGGAGCUAAUGGGUACCUUAUCGAGCAGUUUCUCAAGCAGUUCCGAGUGGCGGCACGCAAGGCCAUGGAGGCGGGGUUCGACGGAGUCGAGCUGCAGGGCGCUAAUGGGUACCUUAUUGAGCAGCUCUUCAAG